UUAUCUGUUUGAUAUAUAUUGAUCCUUCUUGCUGAGAUAUCGGAGGAAAUCCAUGGCGGGUGCAUUGGUGAUUGCCUCCACGGGGGCCAUGGAGUCCCUCCUCUGCAAGCUCUCCAGUAUGCUAGAGAAGGAGUAUGCCAAGAAGAAAGCGGUAGGAAAGGACUUGCUGUUCCUGCGAAACGAGCUGAGCAGCAUGAACACCGCGAUGCACAGGUACGCCAUGGCGAACGAGCCUGAUCCCCAGGUGAAGGCCUGGAUGAAAGAGGUACGGGAGCUGGCCUACGACAUUGAGGACGUUGUCGACGCCUUUGUGGCUCGAAACGAACAAUCCGAUGGGGCUACAGGUAUCAAAUUGUUCAUUAUCAACAAUGUCCGGAAGCUGAGAGAGCUGCUUCCGAGCUGCGCCGUCUCUCAGGCGAUUGGAGAACUCAAGAACCAGGUUCUUGAGGUGAAUGAUCGCAGAAAAAGGUACAAGCUUGAUGCAUCUGUGUCCAUAGCCGGCUGUGGAUACAUCGAUUCUCGUCUGCCAUCGUUUUAUUCCAAGAUAGGUGCGCUUGUCGGUAUCGAUGGCCCAAGGGACAAAAUCAUCGAGUUGCUAAUGGAGGAUUCACCUGAAGAAGAUGGUGGACUUGUGAAUCAGCUUAAGAUGGUGUCUAUCACCGGGUUUGGAGGUCUGGGGAAGACGACUCUUGCCAUACAAGUGUACCAGAAGAUGAAAUGGCGGUUUGAUUGCGCCGGUUUCGUGUUUGUGUCCCAGAUGCCAGAUGUGAAGAGGAUUCUUCUGGAUUUGCUUUCUGAACUUGGGGCUUCUGGUAAUGUGUGGGAUAACGAGAGGCAACUCAUCGACAAGAUCAGAGAAUUUCUUCAUGACAAGAGGUAUUUGAUUGUGAUUGACGACAUCUGGAGCAUGUCAGAUUGGGAGAUCUUGAAGUGUGUAUUGCUUGAGAAUAAUUCUGGUAGUAGAAUUAUUACAACCACACGUAUUCUUGAUAUAGCGACGCUAUGUUGCUCUAGCUUCAAAGGCAGCAGUGUUUACCGCAUCAAACCAUUAAGUGACACUGACUCCAAAAGGCUGUUCUCUAAAAGAAUUUUUCAUGAUGAGAAUUCCUGUCCAUCACAUCUGCAGGAACUUUCAGAAUUAAUUUUAAGAAAAUGUGGUGGUUUGCCAUUGGCCAUACUUCAUAUUGCUAGCUUGUUGGCAACCAAAUCUAACUCAAAGGAAGAGUGGGAGUUGGUGCUGAAUUCUAUUGGCUCAGCACUUGAAAAUAGCCAUACUCUACAAGGUCUAAAAAGGAUACUGUUACUUAGCUUCUAUGAUUUACCACCACAUUUGAAGACUUGCUUACUAUAUCUCAGUAUAUAUCCAGAGGAUUGGAAGAUUAGCUCAAAAAUUCUGAUAAGGAAAUGGAUAUCUGAAGGAUUCAUUGCUGAAGACAGGUGUAAGAGAUUGGACCAAGUAGCAGAGAGUUAUUUUAACGAGCUUAUCAAUAGAAGUAUGAUCUUACCUGUCGACAUUUCAUAUGAUGGUGGUGUUCAAUUUUUUCAAGUUCAUGACUUGGUUCAUAGCAUUAUCGUUUCCAUGUCAAAAGAAGAGAAUUUUGUCACAGUAAUAGAUGGACAAAGGUGCAGCUCUUUGCCGGAAAAGAUCCGUAGACUGUCCCUCCAUUUCAAUGACUUCAAAGAUGUUGUAAUGCCAGCAAACAUGACAAACAGAAACUGUAUUCGUUCAUUCAACAUCUUUGGGAUUACUAAGCAAGUGCCAUAUUUUAUGGAUCUUCAGUCUUUGCGAGUGCUGGACUUAGGUUAUUGCUCAUUGUUGGAGAACCACCACAUUGAAUGUUUAGGAGGCAUGCUUCAGCUUAGGUAUCUUGUUCUCCAUUCUCAAUUUAUCACUGAACUUCCUAAUCAAAUUGGGAACUUGAAACAUCUAGAGAUGUUAGAUGUCACAUUAUGUUCUAUACUAACACUUCCAGAGACCAUUGUUCAGUUGCGAAAACUAGCAUGUCUCAAUGUUAGCAUUAUAACGAAACUACCAGACAGGAUUGGAUCCAUGCAGUGCUUAGAGGAGCUGUCCCACAUCUCAAGCAACUCAAUAAGAUUGGUUGAAGAUCUCAAAUGUCUGACAAAACUAAGAAACCUUGCGAUUGCUGUUGAAGACCCUGUUGGGCCAGAGAGCCACAGAUUGCGAUACAGGGGAGCAGUGCUGUCUUCCCUGAAUGAAUUGGGCAGACACAACCUGAGGUCACUCUCACUGAACUACAAAGGCGAUGAAAGUUUCAUCCUUGAUCCAUCCAUGGCUUCAUGCUUCUCAACUCGGCAUCUCCGGAAAUUUACCAUUGAGAGAACACUUUCAAGGGUGCCAAAGUGGAUGAGCACAUUUGACAACCUCAUGCGCCUAGAACUGUACAUCUCAAGAAUGGAGGAGAGUGACAUGAACAUACUCAAAGAAAUCCCCACUCUGCUCUUUCUUCGCCUAGUGUUUACAGGGCAUGCUCCCCAUGGAAGGAUGGUCAUUGACAGCCAUGGGUUUCAGUCCUUGCAGGAGCUCUAUCUUCUAUGUUUCAUUCCUGGGAUGUGGCCAUUGUUCUUGCCUGGAGCUAUGCAGAAGUUACAGAAGUAUCACCUCACCUUCAAGCUACACAAACUACAGAAAGUUCAGUGUAAUGGUGGUGUUUUGGACUUUGGUCUCCAGCAUCUUUCAGGCCUCCAGCACAUAAGUGCGAUCAUUGUUCCAUUUGGUGCUACCGGUGAGGACACAUUGGCUGCAGAGGAUGCCAUCAGGAGUGCUACCAGUCUCCAUCCAAACCAACCGUCAGUUGAAAUUUUUGUCCAGUAA